AUGAAAUGCCUUAUAUUAACAGGGAUUACUUAUGACAUCAAGAUUGAAAAUGUGACCGCAGCUACAAACAACGCAGUGUUUGGUGGCCCUUAUUCGGCAAUUUUCGCCGGACAAGUAGGGGGUGUAUGUGAUGCGAUCAAACAAUCCAUUCAGUCGAAAUGGUCCCAACUGUGCUCAACAGGCAUAGUCUGUUCCGGACGCUUUCUUAACGAAAUGGCAAACAAAUUGCAUUUCUCGGUGGUUCUGUACUCUUCUUCCCACAAACUGAUACACUGUCCUCAUUUGCGCAAGCCUGAGACAUUCAACACUCUAAUGGGCGUGAUGGAUGAACGGAUUUUUGGAAAGAGGAUUGAAGGGACAAGGGUGACAUUAGAACUCGCUCUGUUAAAAUUGAAACUGAACCGUGAUGAUUGGAGUGAGUUGCCCGUUGCCGGAUCGGAAUUAUAUCAGUCAACCAAAGCGGAAGUUUCACAUCAGCUGACGCAGAUCAUGCGGAUUUCCAAGGUCCAAGGGACCGAGUGUAACUUUGAAUUUUCCGGCUUUGCGCAAGACGAUGACGGUGCAGUUGCGGCAUUCGCUCUGCUUUUCUUCGAUCCACUGAAAAUCACACUCCCAUCAGUGGUCCAGCAACUGCAAAAUGGUCUGGCAGCCAUUCGGUCCCUAAAACUGACCGAUAAGCAAAUCGAUGGUCUGGAUUAUGUUUGGACGCCGAAAAUGAAGUUUGCAACCACACAACCAAAUCCGGCUUUGCCUGAGAAAACGCGAAGCGAACAGGAACUGAAUUCACUGAUUAAGAUGUUUAUGCACCUUGGCACGAGGCGAUGUCCCCUAUGGAAUGCUAUUGACAAAACAGAGCACACGAUUGUACACCACAGUCCAAUUCUCAUUAAUUUGAUAUGCCGGAUAACGGUCGACCGGACAAAGCUGGUAAUGGACCUUAAAGCCACUGCUAACCUGUUUACGCAAUGUCUCGAACACGGAUUGACUGCUGAGCGGAAAAAUUGGCAAAUGCUUUCCUCACUCGAUGCUGUGAGCCAAUGGUAAUUGCACGACGCGUGGAGCGACUCGAAAGCACAAGGCGAUUGUGUAUCACAUGUUUUCCUAACUGACUUUAACGCGAACACACCAGAAUGUCACGCUUCAGCUUUGUUAUUUUGCACCUUUAAACAGUAGGUAGUAGAUUGCACUGUCUGGCAUUGUGACUCUGUUUUCGGUACUUCACUCUCCC